AUGGCUGACGCGCCCAACACCAACGAUGAGCUGUAUCCCAUCGCAGUCCUCAUCGACGAGCUCAAGCACGAUGACGUCCUGCUCCGACUCAACGCCAUUCACCGCCUCUCGACCAUCGCCCUCGCCCUCGGUGCCGAGCGCACGAGAGAAGAGCUCAUCCCUUUCCUUGACGAAUCGGUCGAGGACGAGGACGAGGUCUUGGUCGCCCUAAGCGAGGAGCUCGGCAGCUUCAUCGAGUAUGUUGGGGGGCCCCAAUGGGGCCAUGUGCUGCUAUCGCCGCUCGAGAACCUGGCCGGCAUCGAGGAGCCCGUCGUGCGAGACAAGGCCGUUGAAUCCCUCAACAGGAUUUGCGCCGAUCUCUCGCCUCAGCAGGUCGAAGAGUACUUUAUUCCUCUCACCAUCCGACUCUCCAAAGCAGACUGGUUCACGUCCAAGGUCUCGGGCUGCGGUCUCUACACCACGCCCUACAAAAAGGUCUCCGCGCCGGUCCAAGAACAGCUCCGCCAACAGUUCGGCCUGCUGGUCCACGACGAGACGCCCAUGGUCCGCCGCCAGGCCGCCGCCAACCUUGCCAAGCUGGUCAAGGAGAUGCCUGCUCCCGUCGUCAUCGACGAAAUGAUACCCCUCUUUCAACACCUCGUCCAGGAUGACCAGGACAGCGUGCGGUUGCUGACCGUCGAAAUCCUCAUCUCCAUUGCAGAGGUCGUACCAAAGGAGCAGCAGUCCAGCCAUGGGGUCCUGCUAACGUCGCUGCGUAACCUGAUAGAGGACAAGAGCUGGAGGGUUCGGUACAUGAUUGCUGACAGAUUCGAAAAGAUUGCAAAGGCCGUCGAUGACGAGGUCGUCUCGAGAGACUUGGUCCCCGCCUUUGUCAAGCUGCUCAAGGACAACGAGGCCGAGGUCCGGACUGCCAUUGCCGGUCAGAUCCCUGGCUUCUGUGCUCUCGUCGACCGUGCCACCCUCCUCAACGACAUCAUGGGCAGCAUCGAGGAUCUCGUGUCGGACAACUCGCAACACGUCCGGGCGGCUCUUGGCACUCAGAUCAGCGGGUUGGCCCCAAUCCUCGGCAAGCAGGAAACCAUCGAUCACCUGCUCCCCAUGUUUCUCCAAAUGCUCAAGGACGAGUUUCCGGAGGUUAGGCUCCACAUCAUCUCGAAGCUUGAACUGGUGAAUCAAGUCAUCGGCAUCGAUCUCCUCUCGCAGUCCCUGCUCCCGGCCAUUGUGCAGUUGGCCGAGGACAAGCAGUGGCGAGUGCGGCUCGCCAUCAUUGAAUACAUUCCCCUCCUAGCCAGCCAGCUAGGCGUCAAGUUCUUUGACGAGAAGCUCAGCGACUUGUGCAUGGGCUGGCUGGGCGACACCGUCUUCUCCAUCCGAGAGGCCGCAACACACAACCUCAAGAAGUUGACCGAGGUCUUUGGCGUGGAAUGGGCCAGCGAGCAGAUCAUCCCCAAGGUCAUGGGAAUGGGCAGCCACCCCAACUACCUGUACAGAAUGACGACGUGCUUCGCCAUCUCGAGAGUACAGACGUUGGCGACGGUUGUCAGCAUGGACGUCAUUGCCAAGUCGAUCCUGCCCAUGCUCGACAAGAUGGUCGACGACGACAUCCCCAACAUUCGAUUCAACGUGGCCAAGACAUACUCGGUUCUCAUCGACGCCCUGCGCCGCCUGCCGGACGAGGGCACGCUGCAUUCGCUGGACAAAGAAGGGGCCGAAAACACGCCCUCUCCUCGGGGCAACGAACUGAUCCAGCAGCGAAUUGUGCCGAACCUGAGCAAGCUGCAGAAGGAUGACGAUGUGGAUGUCCGCUACUUUGCCACGAGCGCGGCGGCCGAUGCAACGGGACCCUCGACAGGCGGGGAGCCAAUGAGCACGUCGCCAUAG